GUACUUUCUAAAUAAUAAAAUAAUAAAGCGGGGCAAAGAAAGUUCUGAUACACGAUAUAUCAGGAAAUUUAUGUGCCAUGUUUGUUAACUUGUCUCCCUGCUCCAUUAUGACAAAACUUGGGAGAUCCAGGGACACCACCCAGCUUUCCCUAUUGUUGAUCAUUUUCCCCUUAUUGACACAAAAUGUUAGUAUUAUUGCUUCCACCUUGACUAAUUCCAAUCUCCAUUUUAAAGAAGCUCCACAGUUCUACAACUCCCCUAGUUGUUCUACCAUUAGUUCUUCAGAAAAUGCAGUACAUGUCGCUAUGACCCUUGAUAUACCUUAUCUUCGGGGUUCAAUGGCUGCUAUUCUUUCUGUAUUACAACAUUCUUCUUGCCCGGAAAAUGUAAUUUUCCAUUUCGUUGCCUCUUCCUCUGCUGAAACCGCACACUUGAACCUUACUAUUACAAAAUCAUUCCCUUAUCUUCAUUUCACAAUUUAUCCAAUCCAAGAUAUUGCAGCCGUGGCAGGACUAAUUUCGACCUCUAUUCGUUCUGCUUUAGAUUGUCCUUUAAAUUACGCACGUAAUUAUCUUGCUGAUCUGCUUCCUAAAUACCUUAACAAGGUUGUUUAUCUCGAUUCGGACCUUGUUCUAGUAGACGACAUUGCUAAAUUAGCAUCAACGCCUCUAAUAGAGGAUUCUGUUUUAGCAGCACCUGAAUAUUGCAAUGCAAAUUUCACUACUUAUUUCACUCCCACCUUUUGGUCUAAUCCUUCUCUUUCUUUAAUUUUUGCGAACCGAAUUCGAAAGCCUUGUUAUUUUAACACUGGUGUUAUGGUUAUUGAUCUUGUGAGAUGGAGAGCUGGUGAUUAUACAACUAAGAUUGUAGAGUGGAUGGAGUUGCAAAAGAGAAUGAGAAUUUAUGAAUUGGGUUCUUUACCGCCUUUUCUGCUUGUUUUUGCUGGAAAUAUAGCUCCAGUUAAUCAUAGUUGGAACCAACAUGGUCUUGGUGGAGAUAAUUUUCGUGGACUUUGCAGGGAUUUGCACCCUGGUCCGGUUAGCCUGUUGCAUUGGAGUGGAAAGGGAAAACCUUGGGCUCGACUCGACGCGAACCACCCUUGUCCGUUAGAUGCCCUCUGGUCACCUUAUGAUCUACUGCAAUCACAUUAUACUCUUGAGUCUUAAGGUGUUUUCGCAAUUAUAGUAAAAGAGAUCGAGAGUAGAGAUCUGUGCAUAAUUUGUUUCUAUUCACGGGGGACCCCGGAAGGGAUAAGUUAAGGAUACGAUGCUUUUCUGGACCAAGAGGCCCAUAAGGUUCACGGAUCAUUUGCAGGCCAUAAUUUAACCUGCCUCAGUUUGACGGUCAACAGAUAUUUUUGUGCCAUACCCCCUGCCAGAUAUUUCUUUUUCAUUUUGUUUAUUUAUUACAUUGAGAAAUGGAAGGAUAGGAAUUAAAUCUCAUACUUAUUGUGACGGUACUUUCACAAAUGUCACUCUACCAAAUUAAAGUUCCAGGGAAGUUAUUGUAAUGAUUUUUAUCUCGAGUCAAGAAGUUAUUGUACAAGCUCAUAUGGGUAAGUUAUGAUAAGGUCAACCAUUGGUAAAAGUUUAAUGUGCCCCAAUAUUUAUACUAAACCAUACUUAUUUAUUUUGUUUAAGUCAUAGAUUAAGGUGAAUAUGUGCACUAAUUAACUACAUUUUAUGAUAAAAUAAGUCAUUUAUGGGGUUGAAUAUAAACACUGGGAGCAGUUGGUUAUAACUUACAAACAGUUUUAGAACCCCAAGCUUUUGCUUAUGCUUUUAAACUUUUUUGACAGAAAUAACACACAUAGUCCUCAGCUUUAACCAGUAACACAUGUUUCAACUGGAUAAAUUUCUCUUCCAUAAGUUUAGUGAUAUAAAUAUGUUGGGAGUAUACUAAUUGACCAUUCUAGUAUUAACUAGUACUUCUUGAUUUUUCCUCCUCCAGUGCAGAGGUACUGUCUUCUUUUCCCUUCAAUUUGAUGCAUGCAUUUACCUUUCAUGCUAUUCAGUUACGUUAAAUUAGAUCCGUAUGCAAUAAUUGAUAAACAAAACAAAACAAUAACAAAAAACCGCUAUUUAACUUCUCAUCAUAUUUUUGAGUUCCCCAUUCCCCAUUCAUGUAAUCUGUUUACCUUUUAAGUUGAGACUAAAAAUUAGAUUCAUGACGACAAAAUCUUGAGGCAAAUAUGUUCCUUUAUAGAUUGAGAUACAGCUCUGUGAUGUAAAGAUCUAAAAAGCAUGUAAUAUAUGUCCCUUUAUAGAUUGAGAUACAGCUCUGUGAUGUGAAUAUCUAAAAAGCAUGUAAUAUAUGUCCCUUUAUAGAUUGAGAUACAGCUCUGUGAUGUAAAGAUCUAAAAAGCAUGUAAUAUCUCAAACUAUGUGAGACGUAUCUGUGCUAUAAGAAAUGCCAGAGCUAUAUCAUACUUGAGAUGAGUACUAAAGAUCUAAUUUUCGACCAGCUACCUCUCCAAAAUUGUUCUACACCUUCAGAAUAAGAUUCUGAUACGGAAAUUCAUCACUAAUUAGAAGACACAAGUAAAAUAAUUAUAAA